AUGGGUAAAUCAGCCAGUAAAUUAUCGUCGGAAGACCUUCGCACCCUGAAAGACGCUACUCACUUUGACCGUAAGGAACUCCAGCAAUGGUACAAAGGAUUUCACAGAGACUGCCCCUCGGGACUUCUGGAUAAAGCCGAGUUUGAGAAGAUAUACAAGCAAUUCUUCCCAUUUGGCGACCCCUCGUCGUUUUCCGAGUACGUUUUCAAUGUAUUUGACACAGACAACUCGGGAAACGUUGAUUUCAAGGAGUUCAUCACAGCACUGAGUGUGACGUCAAGAGGCGACACCGAGGACAAACUGAAAUGGGCGUUCAAACUGUACGAUAUCGACAACGACGGCGAGAUCAGCUACGAUGAAAUGCAUUCCAUAGUUAGCGCCAUCUACAAAAUGGUCGGGUCCAUGGUCAAACUACCGGAAGACGAAAGCACGCCUGAAAAGCGGGUCGAUAAAAUCUUCCAGCUCAUGGACAAAGACAAGAACGGCAAAAUCUCGUUCGACGAGUUCUGUGAGGGCUCGAAACUCGACCCCACCAUCACCUCGGCCCUCAAGCUUUACGACGGUUUAGUUUAG